UUGCCUAUACUCUCACAUCAGCGAUGAAUCGCUCGCAAGAGGAUACUUAACUCUACGCGUGCGCAUCAGCCCACCUCUAGCGGCCUCGACACAGCCGCCUCUUGCAGCCACUUCCAAGGUUUCCAAGGUUCCCGUCGUCUCUAUGCCAGCGUGCUGAGCCACCGUCAGCCCCGAGCACCCCGGCUACUUCCAUGGUUCAACAACUCCACUUCUGAGGGCCCAGCAACCAGCACCUGUUCCUACACAAGACACUGACAGCAUUGGCAUCUCGAAAACCCUUUGUCCUCCUAUCACACUUCUCGAACUCUCGAACCAACCAAUUCGCCUUCGGAGUACCGAGCUUCCAACCCGCCUAGGCUGGAUUGCCACAGCUCCCGGAUCUUCCCUGUCUGACCGAUCGAGAGAGACCGAUACAAAGACCUCCUUUGCAUGAUCGUGCUUCAAGGUCCGCGGAAACGAUGCGGAUACCCGUAGUUCGCAACGAAGACUCGUCGAGUGCCAAGCGGGCUGUCAAGACCAGCGGGAACAGUGCCAAGACCGUCGUCAUCUCUGUCGUUGUGGUCGUCGUUCUUAUUCUCCUCAUUGUCGGCUUCGUCGUAUGGUCCCGGAUCCGCGCGAAUCGUAACAAAUUCAAAGCGAGAAGAGCAAGAGAGGGUGCGGGGCCUAUAGCUGCACCGAAAGCAGAGAAGAAACAGAAAUGGAAGUGGAAUUGGACGCCGUGGAAGAGAAGCCAUGAGUACUCGGACCGGCUUCAAGAGCCUGAAAGUGGACGGGCUGCAAGCCGUGACCGGGAGAUGACAGCGUCCACGAACGACGACACUACGGCCGCCGCCGCUGCUACCGUCGACCGGAAUACCUCAGUCCGCAGCGUCAUGACGCUUCCUUCAUACUCCACCGCAGCUCGCGAGAACGAACGCAUCCUAGCGCGAGAAGGCGAGCGCGGCGGCGUCGACACCGUCCUCGAAUUCCCCGAAACCAACGACGAGGAAGAGCAGAGACGAGAAGACGAGAUGGCCUCUCUCUACCAGAUUCGCCUCGCGCGCCGAGCCGAACAGCGCGAGCGUGAGGAACGCAGACGACUCAGACGCGAGGCCCGCGCAAGGGGCGACCACCAUGCCGUUGCGGAGCUCCGCCAGCGCGCCGAGAGCGCCGCGUCACAGAAUGCCUCCCAGACCCUCAUCGCUGAACACCAGGCCGCAGCCGCAGCCCGCGAGCGCCGCGUCUCCAGCGUGCAAUAUGCCGAGCUCGGUGUCCAGCGGCACGAUGGCACGCGGCUGCGCGCCAACUCAACGGAGAGCGAUGUUCGUCCGCUCCUCGACUCUUCGGCGUCUAUUGGGGGCGGGAGUCAAACAGCUUCUACACUGAAUACGCACUACCGUGGCCCGUCGGCGUCGUCGAUUAUGACAGCCUCGACACGGGCGUCAGAUGAGUAUGAUUUCCCCUCUGCGCAGCGAACGACCACCGGUACGAGUGCGGGAGACGACUUCGAAGUCAUCUCGUUGCAAGAGUCGCGGUCGAGGUCUAUUAGCCAGGGACCACCCACACCCGGCAUUGACACCGAUAUCCCGCAUGUCAGUCCCCCGAACUAUGAUGACGGAGCGUGGGAGGAAGCACCGCCCUACACGAGCCCUGUGAAUACGCGUGCGCCGCAGCUGCCAAAUCUCGAGCGUCUGCCGUCGAUUCAUGUUACGCAGGAGCCGCCGACGCCUGAAGCGGGGAGGAGUGUUGCAUCGUUGCACGGGCAGGAGCCGAGAAGUGGAUGAGAAGAAAAGCAAGAUAUGAAGAGGACUAUGUGAUGGAGCUAAUCUUUUUUGAUUUUCAGCGAGUGAGGAAUUUUUGUGUAUACGUGGCCACGACUUGAAGAGAUUGGACUUUCUUCUGAUGAGAUUACGGGGCAUGAGACGAGGCUUUGAGCUGUGUAUUAUAGGGGG